AUGGCAAUGGACCACGACGCUGCUGUCUCCUGGCCGGAGCAGCUGCCUGAGGAGACGCUGAUGGCCCCCAGCAAUGAAGACGACUUCUCCAGUUUCCUCGAGUUCGGCCUCGAUUUCACCGACAUGGAGGGGCACAACCCGGCAUCGGUCCAGCAUCAACGCACAAUCCAGCACCCCGAUAACCACAUCGUCACCUCCAUGGCUGAGGACUCGCACGUCAAUGCCGACCAUGCCGGCCCGCCGCCUCAGUUCGCACCUCACAUGGCCAUGGGCAUUCCGAAUAACGGGUCCGUCGACGAUCAAGCAUUCCACUUUUCACAUGAACAACAGCAUCAGCAACACCAGCAACAUCAGCAACGACAGAUGGCCCAACAUAACCAGCUCCAGCUGGCGCACCAGCACGCGCAGCAUCAUCUAGAAAAAUACCCUCCCCAUUCGGCUCCACAUCACUAUCCCGAGGGCCAGCAUGUUAUCCCACCCACGCCAAAUAGCAUCGAGCUCCAUGGCGGCGCUGCACGUUAUCCGCAGCGCGUUGAUAUGGGAAAUGAGAUCUACGAUCGAUAUAGUCAAAUGAACGAUGAUCAGGUAACACGAAUUUCCAUAUCCCAUCUUGGCUCACACAAGUCUCAUCAAACCGCACAACAGGCUGCUUUUUACACUCCCUUGGUGUCACCCGCGAUGACGCCCUUGGAGACACAGUUUCGGCUCCCUGAAUACACGAUACCGGGUGAAUACUUCACGCCACUGACCUCUCCCGCCCUGGAAGCCCAGAAUUCGAAUUCAAAUGGCUAUCCGUUUACGACUCAGCCUCCCACCGCCCAGUCGCAGAUGGAUGCAGCCGGCAUGGUGAUGACAUCAGCUCCUUCGUCGCCCGCUGUCUUUAGAAGACAACGACGUCGUCCGUCAACUGUGACCCGAGCAGGCGGACGUGCUGCCAAAGCCUCGCCAUCUAUUCAGCCUAAAAAUUGGAGGAAGCAGACGCAACUCAUGGCCGAUGAUCUUGCCGCGGGCUUAGGACAGGAACAAGCUUCCAUUCGACCACCGACCAGUGGGGGAAGCUCAUUACGCUACAACGGUCACGACAGCUCCCAAGAUUCUGUAUCACCCGAACCCAUCUCAGAGCCGCUGAUGCCCCCGCCCGCAGUACCACAGACACGCAAAUCCCCGGCUUUCCGGCCCCAGGUCCAUGCAUCAGAUGAAAGUGCUCCAGCUACCCCGGCUACAUUGAUGAAGAUCAGCAAUCGGCCGCAACAUUCGCAGGAACCUGUUGGCCAGUUUUCUGGCUUUGCUAGCUUAGUCACAGGCGAGCCACAGGAUGAGCUUAUGGAAGACGUGGUACUGCCUGAGGCAGCGACAACACUGCGACCACGACCGAGCCGAAUUGAUACGACGGUUACCACGAACGAAACUCAGUCGACUCCUUUGGCCGAGCCCAAGUCUGCAGAACGACCUGUCUCUGGGUCGUUGACGCCAGCGGGAGCGAUGCCAUCGCCUAGUGGACCAAUUGCGAAAAAGUCUGAAUCAAAGGCUACUAAUGGCCGUAAGAGGCAGAGUGUGAGCUCUUCUCAUGUCAGCCCGGCUCUUCGACCACGGAUCAGUCCUAGUAUUCAACCAUUGGUGCGCGGAGAUGGCAUUACAGGUGAAAACUCGGCAUUAUACCUUGCGUCUAAAUCGAACUAUCAGCAUAUUCUGGACGGCACACUCCUUCCAGGCGUGUCUUAUCCCGAGACCCUCGCUGAGAAUCUAAGCUCCAAGCGCACAAACCACAAGCUAGCCGAACAAGGCCGUCGCAAUCGAAUCAAUACAGCUCUGAAAGAAAUCGAAGCGCUUCUUCCGCCGGGAUUCGCUCACCAACACGCUGCCAAGGAGAGCAAAGAAGCCGCUAGCGCUGGCAAAAAUGGGGACAAGGAGAAGGAGAAGAAUUCUCAACAGACGAUCAGCAAAGCCAGCACUGUCGAAAUGGCAAUUGACUAUAUCAAAUCCCUAAAACAAGAAUUGGACGAUACAAAGGCUCAGUUGAAUCUGGCAGUGUCGAAACUUACAGCCCAGAACUCGAGGUCCCCUAGUGAGGAUAGCAAAAGCCAGAUCAUGAGCAAUGCAAAUGGCGCAACAGACAUCGAUUCUACCUAG